AGUGAAUGAAGAUCAGCUCUCAGGUGUUCAUACAGGAGCUCUACUCUGACACUGCUGACAUGUUGACUUGGUUUAAACAGGAUUUAAACAUUUCAGGAGGAAAAUUUAAGGCCAUGAAGGCAGCAUCCUGCAGACUGUGAAGGCAUCAUACUGCAGGCCUGGAAGGCAGCAUCCUGCAGGCCGUGAAGGCAGCAUCCUGCAGGCCGUGAUGGCUUCUCUUCUUCUUCUUUUAGGCCGGUUACUGGUUACCCUGGUUGUAUGAAUCACACAUUUCCUGAAGCCAGUGAAUGCAUCAUGCGUAAUUUGCUGCUAAGUGUCUGUUUAUUGGUUUCACUGGUUUGAUAUAUAUCAUUUUUCCUGCAGACCAUGAACGCCUUUCGUGCUGUCCAUCAUCUGCAGUAAAGAAGAGUUUAUCUAUUGAUUCUGUGUGCGCGCUCCGAGCAUCUGGCGCGCGUCUCCGCCAAUCUGAUCCCUGCCAGCGCGCGCUCCCUGUGCGGGUUCAUGUGUUUGCUCGGUGUUGCGCGCACGCCGCUCGGUGUCGCGCAGCUCCCUCGGUGUGUGUUGGAGGAGAUCACUGACAGCAGGAUGGGAGGAUGUAACGAUCUGCUCCAUUUUCUCUGAACCACUGCGUCCUGCCCGCUCUCUGCCCGCAAACAUGGCGACGGGGGCCGGCUGGCAGCCUCCGUACAACCCCCCCACCACCCUCAGCUCCAAAUUCGCCCCCCCUCCCCCCUCCAGCAUGUUCUACGACGGAGGACUGUCGCUGGAAUACACGCAGGACCUGCACCUGAAGAUGAGCAAGAAGAUCGCUCAGCUCACCAAGGUCAUUUACGCUCUGAACACCAAGAACGACGAACACGAGGAGGAGAUCGAGUCUCUGAAGGAAGCUCACGAAGACGAGGUUCAACACAUCGUGACAGAGACCAGAGACAAGAUCAUGCAGUACAAGAGCAAGAUGUCGGACGAGGCCGACCUGCGGCGGAGACUCGCCGGUCUGGAAGAAUCAGUGGAGCUUCACGAGCACAUGAAGAGACAGGCGCUGGCAGAGUUCGAGAUGUACCGUCAGAGGAUGGAGGACUCCCAGCUCUGCACGGAGGCACAACACACACAGAGGGUGGUGUCUAUGAGCAGAGAGGUGGAGGAGAUGCGUCGGGACUUCGAGGAGAAGCUGCGCUCCUUCAGCACGGCCCAGGCUCAGUUCGAGGCGGAGAAACGGCGAGCGCUGGAGGAUCUGCGGACGACGCACCGCCAGGAGGUGGAGGAUCUCCUCAACAAGCAGCACAACCAGAGCGCCUCCUCCACCGAGGACCAGGAGAAGCUGGCGGAGCUGCACCGACAGGAGGUGGAGGCCCUCAUGGAGCGGGUGGAGGAGCUGUCCAAGGAUAAGGUGCGUCUGGUGGAGGAGUACGAGGCCAAGCUGGGGAAGGCUCAGGAGUACUAUGAGAGAGAACUGGAGGCCAUGAGGAGGACUCACCAGCUCACCACAGAGAACCUGCUGGCCUGGAAGAGAACCGAGGUGGAGCUGCGUAAAGAGUUCCAGGCUCAGGAAGCCGCUCUGCAGCGCUCGCUGUCCAAGCUGAGGAGCGAGCUGCAGAAAGCUCAGGAGGAGGCGAGGGAGAACCGCGACAAGACCAACAGACUGCAGACGUCGCUCGCCAACGCAGAGGGCACCAUCAAGAACCUGCACAAGCAGCUGGAGGAGGCGAUCCAGGACGGGGAGAUCUGGGUGAUGCAGCUGAAGGAUACAGAGUACGAGCUGGAGAGCAGCAGAGAGAGAGUCCAGCAGCAGGCCACAGAGAUUCUGCACAAAGCCAGUCAGAUCGGCUCCCUGCAGGCCACACAGAUGUCCCACGAGGCCACCAUUAGGAACCUGGACCUGGAGCAGAACCGCUUGAAGGAGAAGAUCGGUCGCCUGGAAGAGGAGAGGGAGGCGGUGUUGAACCAGAGCCAGACGGCCAGCGAGCAACACAAACAGACCGUGAUAAAGCUGGAGCAGUCUCUGCGGGAGGAGCACCAGGGCUACGAGAAGGAGCUGUGCAGACUCCGAGCUCAUUACGAGGAGGAGACGCAUCGCUUCAAGGACGCCCAGGUCAGAGUCCUGGGCGAGCUGGAGGAGAAGCACACGGCCAUGAGGGAGGAGGCGCAGCAGGAGAAGGAGGAGGAGAAGACGAUCCUGAUAGCGAAACUGUCUCAGGAGUUUGAGAUAAAGCGUCUGUCGUUGGAGGAGCAGAGGGACCGCCUGCAGCAGCAGCUGGAUAACUUGAAGGAGGAGCUUUCCGCCAAACUCAACAUGGCCAAUCAGGAGGUGUCUCACCUACAGGAGCUGGUGAGGGAGGGCGAGCAGAACCUGGGCUCAGCUCAGACUCAGAUCUCCUGUCUGAAGGAGACACAGGAGAAACUCAGGACCGAGCUGGACGCCACCAGAUCCCGAGUCCGAGAGACCAGCAACCUGCUCACCGACCUGCAGGAAGAGAUUGAGACUCAGCGGCAGCAGCACGACGCCAGAGUGAUGUCCAUCCGAACGGAGGAGAAGCAGAAGAUGGACAAGAUGGCUGACGACUUGGACCAGAAGUGGAGAGACGCUCUGAGGGAGGAGGUGCGUCUGCUGAAGGAGGAGCUGACGGAGGAGUACGACGCGGACAAACAGGUGACACUGACUCAGCUGUCUCAGCAGAAGGAGCUGGAGAUGAUGGCGGCCAGAGAGAGCUGGCAGAGGAAGGUGGAGGACCUGCUAGAACAGAUCUCUCUGCUCAAACAGUCUCUGGAGCUGCAGCUGUCUCAGUCUCAGUCGGCCCUGCAGCAGCUGCAGUCUCAGUUCAACCAGGAGAGGGAGCUGCUGAGCCAGCAGCUGAAAGAGAUGCAGAGGGAGCACCAGAGGAGAGAGCACCGCUUGCAGGAGGCGCACUGCUGCGCUCUGAGCACCAUGGAGGAGGCCCGACAGCACCAGAUCAGGGCCCUGGAGGAGCGACUGAAGCAGGAGCAGAGGGAGGAGGUGCACGCUCUGAAGGAGGCCCACAGGAGAACGCUGGACAUCCUGAGACAGCAGUCGGACCAGGAGCUGCAGACGCUGCGCUUCGAGCUGGAGGAUGAAGGGAAGGCCAAACUGGCGUCUCUGAGAGCAGAGUUGAAUCACCUUCAUGCCACGGCCAUCGAGCACCUGAAGCAGAUCCACCUGAAGGAGAACUCAGUGGCUAAACGAGAGCUGGAGAAGGCCAUGGAGCACAGUCACCAACAGGAACAGGAGCUGUUAGUCCGGAUCUCAGACCUGCAGUCGGAGGUGUGUUCCCGGAGCAACCGCAUCACAGACCUGGACCACGAGAUCCACUCCCUGAACGAGACCAUCGACACGCUGACCCGGGAGCUGGAGCUGAAGGGGAAGGAGGUUCUGAGGGUCCGCAGCGAGGCCAACCACCAGAUCAGGUGGGUGAAGAACAACUGCAGGGCCCACGAGCAGGACCUGACCAAGAGACAUGAGAGAGACCUGGGGGAGAUGAGCAUCCUGCACCACAGAGAGACUCAGAUCAUGUUAGCGGACUUUAACAAGGCCCAGGAGGUUCUGAAGGACAAGAUCACUGCUCUUCAGAUCCUGCUGGAGGGUACGGAAGAGAAGCUGAGGAACAGAGAGAGCAGACCUGAAGACCUGCACCUGAUCGCAGAGCUCAGAGAGCUGGUGUCAGAGAGAGAAGCUCUGGUGAAGAAACUGGUGGACGAUAAGAAGUUCUAUCAGCUGGAGCUGGUGAACAGAGAGACCGGCUUCAGUAAGGUGUUCACCUCCAGUGCCAACGUGGGCGUCAUCAACCCUCUGAUCAAGCUUCCUCCUCUUCCUCUUCUUCCUCCUCUUCCCUCUUCUUCUCCUCAUCCUCCACAUCAUCCCAUGCAGAACCCCGCUCUCCCUCCUCCUCCUCUUCCUCAGGGAGUCCUGGUGUACAGCUGCAGGAGCCUUCCUGAGGCCCACACCACGUCUCCCCCCACCCUGCGGGGGGAGGAGGGGGGAGGACUGAAGCUCCACCUUCCACAUGAAGAAGAAGAAGAUCUGUACUCGCAGUACUUCACCUUCUGACCCGCAAAAAAAUAAACCCACAUGCAUCACCUUUCUGUAAAAUAAUAAUGUGGAGUACGGGACAGAGAGCUGAGGUCACACACUCUGCAGGUUCACACAGCGGAGGAGGGAAGGACUCCUCUGGGCCUCCGUACAUGUGAGAAUCCGUCUCUGUGUCUCCGUGGUUUCUCUGUCUUAACGUCUUCACAGAGUCUAAACAUGGAGACGGAGGAGGAGCUAAAACAAACACACUCUGAAUCCUUCAGACUUGUACAGAUGCCCAGAGAGUCCAUGAUCCAUUCUCUGACUGUGAUCAGAGUCUGCUCAGACACACACACACACACACACACACACACACACACACACACACACACACACACACACACACACACACACACAGGAGGUCGUACCGUCUCCAGUGAAACAACACCAGCAUCACUCUGACCUCAGCUCGUGUCCCGCUGACGGUGUACAUACAGGAAGUGUUUCUGAGAGCCAGCAGGGGGCGCUUGAUUUACCUACCUGGACACCUUGGGGAGGGGGGAAGACUCUCUCACCUGGAGAGACUGGACUCUUUUUAUUCUCCAGUAUUUAUAAAAUCAGCUGUUUUUCUACGGUCUGUGUGUGAGGGAGCACACACUCACACACACACACUCACACACACACACACACACACACACACACACACACCUCCAGGUUCUUUUUAAUGCCAAGGAGUGUUACGCCCACCUGCACCUGCUGGGGGUCUGUGUGUGUUGCUGUGUGUGUGUGUGUGUGUGUGAGUGAGUGUGUGAGGGUCAGGCCAUAGAGCAUGUAAAACAGACGCACACACACAUACACACACACACACACACUUCAUGAUGCUGCUGUCACUCACUUGAAUCUCCAUCUUUGGUGUUUUAUAUCUCAGAGUUUACAUCGUGCCGCGUCUCUUUCAUACUGUACAGUUUACAGACUGCAUGGUCAUAUACAGCCUGUAGGGGGCGCCGUCUCCUUCAACUGUUGUGUUUCCUUCAACUGUCUGAAAAUCCUCUGUUAGAAUAAUAUCUGGCGAUGUGUGUUGGUAGUGUCAGAGGUGGGCAGCAGAGAGCACACCUUGCAAAAGUUGAAGGAAACACGACAACAACACAACACGAUGCUAGUCUUCCAGAAGUGAACCAGCUGCAGUGUGUGAACGCUCCGUGAUGCAUUCAGGGUCAUUCAACAGAUAAUGACCUGCUGUGGACCAACACACACUCACACACACAGCUGGUUCACCCUCGCACUGUGAACAUUAACUUAUGAAUCAUUAAAGCUUGACAUUACAGAAGACUUCUGUUUAUUUCUUUUUGAUUAGAAAAAUUAAUUUUCUCACUUUGACCUGCAGAUUCACACACUCCCUUUAUUUAAGAUUUUUUUUAAUCUAUUGUUUUUAAUUAUUUAUUUAAUUAUUUAAUUUAUGUAAUACUUGUUUUUUAUUUAUUUAUUGUAUUUAUUAUUAUUAUUUAUUAUUUAUUUAUUCUUGUUAUAUUUUAUCUUUUUUUAAAUUAUUUUAUUUUAUUGAUCAGUUCAUCUCUCUCUCAGCUCCAUGUUGGAACAAACUGCACACUGACCUCUCUUUAGGACAGGUGCACACUGACAGCUCUUUAACACGUGCACACAGGUGAUGCAGUUUGUGUUGCAGUUGGAGCUGACUUGAUGUCUGCCUUGUGAUUUUCAUGUUGAUGAUGUCCGUCUGUAAAAUCUAUAAUAACUAUAACGACGAUAUUUAUUUAUAUUUAUAUUAUUUCUGUUGUAUGUUAUGGAACAGUAAAAAUUAUGAUUGUGAGAAAA